AUGACAAGUUUUCUACACAAGUUUUAUGAUAAUGUAACACGCAAGAAAACUUAUGAUGAUGAAUCGAUACAAACGUCUCAGUUAAGACGAUGUUUAACUGUAUUUGAUCUUACUAUUUUGGGCAUUGGAUCAACAUUAGGUACAGGAACAUAUAUUCUUACAGGACAAGUAGCUCAUGAAACAGCCGGACCAUCAAUUAUUCUCAGUUUUCUUAUUGCAGCGAUUGCAUCGAUUCUUGCUGGUGUCUGCUAUGCUGAAUUUGGUUCGCGAGCACCACGUGCAGGCAGUGCCUAUACGUACACAUAUGUGAGUGUUGGCGAAAUUAUGGCAUUUAUUAUAGGUUGGAAUAUGAUUCUUGAAUAUGUAAUAGGUAUGUUGAAUUUUUAAUAUUUUAAAAUAACUAUUCGAAAAGUUCUAUACUCCGAUUCUCUACCGAAUGAAUUUUAUAAAAACAAAAUAAGUCUGAAUAUCAGUUUCAUUAUUUUAGAAAAAAGUUUCUAAACAUCAAUAUAGUAAGUUAAAUUUAAAGGUUAUCUGGAAAUUUAAUAAAUUUUUUAUACUAUAUCACAUAUAUUAAUACUCACGGAAGCAUGCUAUAUUAAUUUGGUGAUAAUGAAUAUAUUAUUAUUAAUACUCUCUUUUUAAUUAGUUAAAAGCAUGUUUUUUUUGCCUUUCCUUCACAACGUUCUCACAUGUCAAAUAUGAAAAUAGUACUAAAUAAUGAAAAAUCCUAAUUGUACUCAUCUUUCUAAUUAA